AUGCCCUCCUCGGUAACCAAGCACACCAUCCCACCCUUCUAUGCCUGCUACUUUCUACGCUCGCUCUCCUCGCCCGGCAUCACCUACAUCGGCUCAACACCCGCGCCACCUCGUCGCAAACGUCAGCACAAUGGCGAUCUCACCCAGGGCGCAUACAAAACAGCGCGGUCUCGUCCCUGGGAGAUGGAAUGCAUCGUCUAUGGCUUCUCGUCCAAGAUUGCCGCACUUCAAUUUGAAUGGGCGUGGGCCAAACCACAUCUUUCCCGCCACCUCAAGUUCCUUUCUACAGAGUACUCCGCCAAAGGGACCACCACCGACACUUCCGCCUGCGCUGGUAUGGCGUUGUUCCCGUCCUCCAGCAUGACGCCGGGCCUCACACGAUCCGGCAGACCGAAACGGAGGAUCGCAAGGCCACCGUCGACCCCAAACGCUCGUCUUCUGGCUAUGCGUGCUCUCCUUCGCUCCGAACCGUUCUGUGGAUGGGGUCUCAAGCUCGCCUUCUUCACCGAAUGGAGCUGGCUGGCAUUUCAGAGGCUUGAAGCCGCUCCAACCGCUUCGACAAGCCAGACAGCCCCAGUGACGAUGCAAUGGAACAGAUACAGUCGAUCAGGUAAGCCGCUGCACCCACUCUACCCGGUAGCAGUCUGCGACUUUGCCGGCGUCGAUGGCAAACGCACUCCGCUCGUCCAUGUGUCCGCUCAACACCGACUGGGAGCUGGCGUCGCCGACCAACCCGUCAAGAAGAGGCAGGCUCCCAGUAAGAAGCAGGCGGAUGAUCAGGAGACUCCACAGUGGCCGGAAACGCUGCCGAGGAUAGCCAACUUGAAGGGACUCGAUGCGUGCGUGCACGACUUUGACGCUUUCCCAUCGCCACGACCUGUUGCUUCGAGCACCGACUUGACGAAGAAGGCAAAACGCGCGAAGAAGGCGAUGCAUGAGGCUGCGAUGGGCCAGUCUGCUGUCGAGGACGAAGAGGCAGAGAACGAGGUGGAUGGCGAGGAUGCGGAUCUGGUUGCGGUGGAUGCAGCAGCACAAGUGUCUGCUCAGCCAGGGUCGGCAUCAACGCGGGUUCUUCACAGGUUGAGAUACGACGAUCUCGACGUGGAAGAAAGCGAGUGGAAGCGAUUUGAGACUUCGAUCGCCGCACACUUUGGCUCGGUCGAUGCAAUCCAGGCAACGAGCGACUUUAUGCAGACUUGCGUGCAGCGGCACAUCGCAGCACACGACGCACGUACGGCAGACAAAGCCGUUGCAGCACCCACCGCCCCCUGCGGCCUCUGCCACGAGCAGAUCGAUCUCAGCCGCCAGCUCGACUUUGCGUUGUGCCCCAGUCCUCAUCCAAGCACAUUGCCGAUCAUCUCGAGUGCGUCCUCAAGCACGACCGCCGCGGGCCCGAACUCUAUCGGUGACAGCGAUGGUGACUGCACGUCGAUCUUCCAUCUCUCCUGCUUGGCCCAGUCCUUUCUGGAGCAACAAAGCGGGGACAGCAGUAGCACGAGCACCGUGCUCCCCACACACGGAGCGUGUCCCGGUCACAAGGGCGAGAACAAGCAGGUGGCCACGUGGGCCGACGUGAUCAGAGCAAUGUAUCGCAGGCACGAGCGAUUCGAACGUUUGCUUCAUUUUCUCGUUCGGUCUGGUCGGACCUACGCAGAGCAUCUCCUUCCUCCGCCGGAGAUCGAGGCGAGGUCCAAACCUGGCAAAGCGAAGAGCAGAGCAAAGGCACCCAUCGCCGACGCUGCUAUCAACCAAGCUGACAGCGGAGCAAAGGAAGCGGACGUGGAUCAGAAGGCGAAGAAAGCAAAGCCGUCGGUGGUGAGGAAGCGCAGACAGGCUGCGGCUAGCAAUGUCGUUGCGGAAGGGGCUGUUUCCUCCGUUUCCGACGUGUCCGGGGUAGAUGACGUCGGAGCAAAGAUGGAUACAACGAGGAAAGCCUCACGGAAAGCGACAGUGGUAGCGUCGAGCGAUGUGAUCGACCUCACCUGA